AUGGCUGUCACGAGCACCUGCACUGCCUUCUCGCCCAGCUUCACUGCCUACUGCAUCUUCCGUUUCCUGUCCGGAAUGGCCUUCUCGGCCAUUGUGAUGAACGGUGUCUCUCUGUCUGUGGAAUGGAUCCCCACCCGCACACGGGCCGUUGUGAGCACCAUGUAUGGAUACUGCUACACAAUCGGGCAGUUCAUUCUGGCUGGGGUGGCUUACGCCAUCCCCAAUUGGCGCUGGCUGCAGCUUGUGGUGUCUUUGCCCUAUUUCAUCUGCUUCAUCUAUUCCUGGUGGUUCGUGGAGUCUGCCCGCUGGCUGGUAAUAGCCGGCAGACCCGACGAGGCAGUGAAGCAGCUCCAGAGAGUGGCCCGGAUAAACCGGAAGAAGGAAGAAGGAGACAAACUUAACACAGAGGUCUUGAGAUCCAACAUGCAGAAAGAAAUAGCCUCUGCAAAGAGCAGCUAUACCUUCAUCGACCUGGUGCGGACCCCUGUCGUACGCCGGAUCUCCUUCUGCCUCUGCUUUGUAUGGUUCUCCAGCAGCUUUGCCUAUUAUGGGUUGGCCAUGGACCUGCAGAAUUUCGGUGUCAAUAUCUUCUUGAUCCAGCUGGUCUUUGGAGCUGUUGAUUUCCCAGCAAAGUUCAUCUCAGUCCUCACAAUCGGCUUCAUCGGGCGCCGGGUCACACAGACCUUGACCCUCAUCCUGGCUGGACUCUCUAUCCUAGCCAACAUCUUUGUGCCACAAGAUAUGAAGACCCUGCGCACUGUUCUGGCUGUCGUUGGAAAAGGCUGUCUUGCUGCCUCCUUUAACUGUGUCUACCUCUACACGAGUGAGCUGUACCCCACAGUGAUUAGGCAGACCGGCAUGGGUUUGAGCAACACCAUGGCGCGUCUGGGCAGCAUCAUUGCCCCAUUGGUGAAGAUGUUGGAGGAAUACAUUUCCUUCCUGCCACUGAUCAUUUAUGGAGCUGCCCCAAUCAUCUCCGGCAUUGCAGCGACCUUUCUGCCCGAGACGCUCAACGUGCCAUUGCCUGAGACCAUAGAGGAGGUGGAGACACGGCAUCUGAGACAUGAAGAACAACAAAUGAAGAUCCUUCUGAAACCCACCAUGCCAGACCCAGCGAAGGAAGCCCGUUAAGGAAAGAAAAACAAGCAACUGUUAUAGGGGCUAUGGGUACAAUUUUCAAAAGUGCCUAAGUGCCUUAGGAGCCUACGUUCCAUUUUCACCAGUGACUUAGCCACUCCCAUGAGAGUUAAGUGCCUCAUCUACCUGAGCACUUCUGAAAAUCCCACUGGGCACUUAUCUGUAUCUCUUGGCACCUAAAUACCUUUGAAAAUGUGGCUCCCAAUCACUUUCGAAAGUGGGGGAUUAGGCACUUUUGAACACUCCACCCUAUCUCUUUUUCUGUUUUAAUCAUGGCAGAAGUAAUAUGCAGGCAUCAGUGACAACUCCAUAGGGAUUGAAUUUUGCACUUAAUGCAGGGAAUCAACCUCUUCAAAUAGCAUGUUGACCUCCAAAUCACAGCAGGAAUUUAUACCACGGGACCUGCUGCUGUGCAAGGUGGGGGACAAGAAUCAAUUACUCUAUGUAGCUCCUCCAUGGAGUUCAAAACCCGGUGUUGCACUCUGCUGGGAUCAAACAUAUGGUACCCAAGAGCUCAGCAAAUACUUUCGGGCCAGAUCCUCAGCACGUGUUAAUCCACGUAGUUGAGGAUUGGCCCAGUACUGCAGGACAGUCACGGGGUGGCAAUUCUUAAGGGAAUUCUGUAAGAAUAUGUACAGAAAUGGUGACAGAAUAUAGGAACUGCUGGACUGAUCCCAGCCAAGGUCCAUGUAGUCUCUCUGACAGUGGUCAGCAAUCGAUGCCUUAGAGGAAGGUGUAAGAAAUCUGCAGUGGGCAGAUAUGAA